AUGAUUAAAACCGCGGAAGACCUAACAGAUGGUUUGCGAACGGCUCUCUCAAAUAUCAAGACCAGAGCCAAGGAAGUGCUACACGAGACGUUUGAAGAAGAUGGAACAGAACGUCAACACGGUCUUCACGACACUGAUUGGGUUGUUGAUGCGUUCGCCCGGGAAUCUGCCUGGCCCAACCCAGAUAGAAUCCUCUGGCAGAAAACUAGUGAACUUCUCGACAAGCCUCGAGGCAAGCUUUCGGACAUGAAAUUGUGGGCGAGUGAUCAAAGAGCUCCGGUUAUGGCAGAGGCAUUUGAGCGGUUCAGCACGUAUACUCUUGAUCAAGCCAAAAAAGAUGUCGAAAACAAUCAAUCUACAGGCGGCUUUGACAAAGUUCGACGUGUUAAUUCAGAUGACAUUGAAGUCAAAAAUUUCCAAGGCUACCUGGCCACAACAAAGGGCAAGUACAACAAUUGGGAGCGAUACAUCAUGAAGUAUUACUUGGCCGAUGACGGUUCAUGUAAGCUCACUGCCCACGCAGGAGAAACAGGGUGGGGGGGGAUGAUAUGUGUGCUGACCAAGGACAAUUCGAAGGCAAGCAUUUCUUUCAGGGGUGCUCAAGAACUUGAGGUGGAAUACACUAGGGAGAGAGGCACUGGGUUUCCGACAUUGCUUGUGCAUGAGGACCGACCAGGGGACUACUAUCAGAUCGGGACUGGGACUCGAACACAUAUUGAGAGUUCUCAAAAGGCAAAAGGUGUGAGGCUCACUAGCAUACACUUCAAGAAAACAAAGAUACUGGUGACUGAUGACAUGAACGCCCACACCCGGCGGAUCCGAGAGGAUGAUACAGUGGAUUACGCAGUACCUGAUGGGGGGCAAACACGUGGUCCAGCAACUGAGACUGGAGAGAUAACAGACCAGUUUACACUGACUGAAGCUGAUGCAUUGAAAGCAGUUGGUGAGGAACCCACAGAGGACACAAACCCUUUUUUCUCCUGGGAUGAUUGA